AUGGCCCUGGACGGCGAGCGGGGGGAACAAGAGGAGGAGAAGAAAAAGAAGAAGAAGAAAAAGAAGAGGAAGAAGAAGGAGGAGGAGGAGGGGGCUCAGAAGAGCUGCUCACCCUUCGCCGCCACAAUGGGGGAGAACGACGCCGCGCUCCGGGCCGGCGGCAGGGGGCUCUCGGACCCAUGGGCAGACUCCGUGGGGGUGCGACCCCGCACCACCGAGCGCCACAUCACGGUGCACAAACGGCUAGUGCUGGCGUUCGCCGUGUCCAUCGUGGCGCUGCUCGCGGUCACCAUGCUCGCAGUGCUGCUCAGUUUGCGCUUCGACGAGUGUGGGGCAAGCGUACCGCCCGGCGCCGACAGCCACCCUGCCGGCUUCCCGGGGCGCGGCAGCAACGAGAGCCUUCCGGGGUCGGCUCGGCGCAACCACCACGCUGGCGGGGGCUCCUCGCAGCCCGAGGCAGGCGGGGAAGCCACCCCUGAGACCUCGUCCGCUCAGCCGCCGUCGGAGGAGGAGCGAGAGCAGUGGCAGCCGUGGACGCAGCUGCGCCUGUCGGGCCACCUCAAGCCUCUGCAUUACAAUCUGAUGCUCACCGCCUUCAUGGAGAACUUCACCUUCUCCGGGGAGGUCAACGUGGAGAUCGCGUGCCGGAACGCCACCCGCUACGUCGUGCUGCACGCCUCCCGAGUUGCGGUCGAGAAGGUGCAGCUGGCCGAGGACCGCGUGGCCGGGGCGGUCCCCGUGGCCGGCUUUUUCCUCUACCCGCAAACCCAGGUCUUGGUGGUGGUGCUGAAUAGGACCCUGGAUGCGCAGAGGAAUUACAAUCUGAAGAUCAUCUACAACGCCCUGAUCGAGAACGAGCUCUUGGGCUUCUUCCGCAGCUCCUACGUGCUCCACGGGGAGAGAAGAUUCCUUGGUGUUACUCAGUUUUCGCCCACACAUGCCAGGAAGGCAUUUCCGUGUUUUGAUGAGCCCAUUUACAAGGCUACUUUCAAAAUCAGCAUCAGACAUCAAGCGACCUACUUGUCUUUAUCCAAUAUGCCAGUGGAAACGUCCGUGUUUGAGGAAGAUGGAUGGGUUACGGACCACUUCUCACAGACCCCUCUCAUGUCCACAUACUAUUUAGCCUGGGCAAUUUGCAACUUCACCUACAGAGAAACUACCACCAAGAGUGGGGUUACAGUGCGAUUAUACGCAAGGCCUGACGCUAUCAGAAGAGGUUCCGGGGACUACGCCCUCCAUAUAACGAAGAGACUGAUCGAAUUUUACGAAGACUACUUUAAAGUGCCCUAUUCCUUGCCAAAACUAGAUCUUUUAGCCGUGCCUAAGCACCCGUAUGCUGCUAUGGAGAACUGGGGACUCAGUAUUUUUGUGGAGCAAAGAAUACUGCUGGAUCCCAGUGUUUCAUCUAUUUCUUAUUUGCUGGAUGUCACCAUGGUCAUUGUUCAUGAGAUAUGUCACCAGUGGUUUGGUGACCUCGUGACUCCUGUGUGGUGGGAAGACGUGUGGCUGAAGGAGGGUUUUGCUCACUACUUUGAGUUCGUUGGUACAGACUACCUCUACCCUGGCUGGAACAUGGAAAAACAGAGGUUUCUGACGGAUGUUCUGCACGAAGUGAUGCUGCUUGACGGCUUGGCCAGUUCCCAUCCAGUAUCACAGGAAGUGAUACGGGCAACAGAUAUUGACAGGGUGUUUGACUGGAUCGCAUAUAAGAAGGGCGCUGCUUUAAUUAGAAUGCUGGCUAAUUUUAUGGGCCAUUCAGUGUUUCAGAGGGGUUUGCAAGAUUACUUAACCAUUCAUAAGUAUGGCAAUGCUGCCAGAAAUGAUCUCUGGAACACACUGUCAGAGGCUUUAAAAAGGAAUGGAAAAUAUGUAAAUAUACAAGAAGUAAUGGAUCAGUGGACACUCCAGAUGGGUUACCCUGUUAUCACCAUCCUGGGAAAUAUAACAGCAGAAAAUAGAAUAAUAAUUACCCAACAACAUUUUAUUUAUGACAUCAGUGCUAAAACUAAAGCACAUGAACUUCAAAAUAACAGUUACCUGUGGCAGAUUCCAUUAACUAUUGUGGUAGGAAAUAGAAGCCAUGUGUCUUCAGAAGCAAUUAUUUGGGUGUCCAACAAAUCAGAGCAUCACAGAAUAACUUCUUUGGACAAAGGAAGCUGGUUGCUGGGGAACAUCAAUCAAACAGGCUAUUUUAGAGUCAACUAUGAUUUAAGGAAUUGGAGAUUAUUAAUUGAUCAAUUAAUCAGGAACCAUGAGGUUCUCUCUGUCAGUAACCGAGCAGGUCUGAUCGACGAUGCCUUCAGCCUCGCCAGAGCUGGCUACUUGCCUCAGAAUAUCCCCCUGGAGGUUAUCAGAUACUUGUCUGAGGAGAAGGAUUUUCUUCCUUGGCACGCUGCCAGCCGAGCUCUCUAUCCUCUGGAUAAAUUACUGGACCGCGUGGAGAAAUACAAUGUCUUCAAUGAAUAUAUUUUAAAGCAAGUUGCAACAACGUACAUCAAACUCGGAUGGCCAAAAACCAAUUUUAAUGGAUCUCUUGUUCAAGCGUCCUACCAACAUGAAGAACUACGUAGAGAAGUUAUAAUGCUGGCAUGUAGUUUUGGCAACAAGCACUGUCAUCAACAGGCAUCAACACUUAUUUCAGAUUGGAUUUCCAGCAACAGGAACAGAAUACCACUGAAUGUCAGAGACAUCGUCUACUGCACAGGAGUUUCACUGCUCGACGAGGAUGUCUGGGAAUUCAUCUGGAUGAAAUUCCACUCCACCACAGCGGUUUCAGAAAAGAAAAUAUUAUUGGAAGCCUUAACUUGCAGUGAUGACAGGAAUUUAUUAAAUCGGCUUCUAAACCUAUCACUGAAUUCUGAGGUGGUACUGGAUCAAGAUGCAAUUGAUGUGAUAAUCCAUGUAGCUCGAAAUCCACAUGGCCGAGACCUUGCCUGGAAGUUUUUCAGAGAUAAAUGGAAGAUACUAAAUACCAGGUAUGGAGAAGCGUUAUUUAUGAAUUCCAAACUUAUCAGUGGAGUUACAGAAUUUCUUAAUACUGAAGGUGAACUGAAAGAGCUAAAGAACUUUAUGAAGAACUACGAUGGCGUCGCUGCUGCCUCUUUCUCAAGAGCUGUGGAAACUGUCGAAGCCAAUGUGCACUGGAAAAUGCUUUAUCAAGAUGAGCUUUUCCAAUGGUUAGGAAAAGCUCUGAGACACUGAUGUGUCUCUUAUAAACCGUUCAAUUCAGAAUUCUGUGAGAAGACCUGCCUCGUGCGGAAUGAGGAAAAUGGCCAAAUUGUCAGUGUUAAUGUGUGGGAGGAAUUUUUUUUUUUUUUUUUUUUUUUUUUGGUUUUGGGGGAUUUUUUUUGUUUGUUUCAUUCAUUCUGUUUUGUUUCUCUAUUGGGUGUUCUUCUCUCAAGAAGCUCCUGCAAGUGAAACUAGCGAUGAUUGCUUCAGCUGUACAUUCUUGCUGUUCAGGACCAAAUAUGAUAGUGGUGCAUGUCGUUGUUACAGUCAGUAUGGAAACGCAUAUUCAGAAUAUUUUGUGCAUGGCUGUAUGGUCCUGCCUGUGUUCCAGCAUGCUUAUUUAAACUGUCCGAUGUUGUAUGUGAAUAUAUGUUACAUCCAGUAUGGGCAUUAUGCAAAAGCACAAAGAUUCUCUAUGACAAUCAGUGUGGCAAUGAAUGAGAAACUGACAAGAGGAGUUACAGUCUUAGUCCUGGGCAACGUGAGAGGUGAACUAGCCCUUUCAAUGAUCGAUGUCCCUUGUUUUCAGCACUUGGAUUGUCUUGUAAUGAUUUCUGUGUUGCUAACUCACUUUCUUUGAGUUAAAGCUGUGUAUAUGUUAAAAAAGGCAUAUGGCUAGUGUAUGCAUAUGUAUAUGUACACAGGGAAGUCCCGUAUGUAUUUAGUAUGUUGUACACUGCACUUGUGCAAAGAAUCUCUUCAGAUCAAAGAAAAAUUAUCUCUUUUUAUAAACUUACACAAACUUUGAAAAGGCUGAAAAAGAAUUUAUCUCAACACUAUCCUUCCUGGUAAGUUCCUGACUAAAUUUCUCAACUGUCAGAGAUUUUUUUCAUCUACUUCCUGACUGGUCUAGUCUACUACAUAAAAAUGAAUUCAAACAAAGCUUAUGUAUAAACACUCUUGUAAUUUUCCUAAGUGGCAGCCUUGCCUCAUUCAUAUAGAUUCUGUCAUCAUUUUGGUGAAACUUCCUAUUGGAUAAAACAGUCGUGCAUACUCAAUGAUUAUCAGUGCUGAGAAAGUGUUUAUUUUCCAUCUGGUUUGUUUCUCCAUCUCAUGUUGGGUGGUGAAGAGAGUUACAGACUCUUCCUGUGUGUUGGUUUUGUGUCUGUCUGAAUCUAAUCCCCCAUUAAGCGAUCGUACCUCAAGUGAAUUUUAAUGAUCUCAAUACCAAUUGCACCCAUCGGUUAAGAUGAAAAGUUUCUUUUCUUGAGAAAAGCUUUUCCUUUGGCGUUGACAACUCUGUUCUACCUUUUCCUGGCUGUGUAUUAUGUAAGACAGGUGUUUUUAAAUGGUAUUAUCACCCAGUAGGCCAGCUCUCCAGACAUUGCUUAGAAUCCCCAAAAUGAACAUAUUUUAAGUUUACUGUGAUGAAGUACCAAUGCACCUACUGUACAUAAGCCAGAUGUUCGUGGACCACUUCUUUUUCUGAGGUUUUCUACUCCUCCAAAUCUUCUUGCAAAUCACUGAAAGAAAUAUAUUCUAACUUAAUAGUCACUGAACACUGCGGGGAACGUAGCUGUUUUAGAAACUGGAGCCAUAGAUUUAUUAUAAGUUUAUAGUAAAGAGGAACAAUUUCAUAAUCCAUAGAACAGUUAUCAACUAAAAUUGAGUUUCAGCUUUUUAGCAUUUAAUAUCCAUUACUCAUACCUGAAUUUUCCAGCACUUCAUUCAGUUAAAACAGAGGAAUUUUAAAUACUAGGGUAUGUGUGUUAAUCGGAUGUGGUGUUAACAAAACAUAGUAAUGCGCAGUGUAAAAUCUAAAAGUCAUCCCACCUCUCUGAAGUGAUGAAAUUCAGCUAGUAUACAUCACAUACAUGAACUCCUUACGGGGUAAGUUCUGAAACGUAACAGUAAUAAAUAUCACGCUGUCAUACAAAUCCCAGAUGUGUACUGUGUCACCAUCGGAUUCAUGUAAUAGAGAAGAUAAAAAAUUAGAGGUGGAUAUCCUGUUUUGUGUCGUGAAUUACUGAAAACUCUCAGUGGUUGUGACAUUCUUUUGAGUGGAAUCACCAUUUCCAGUUCUGAGUUAGAAGGGCUCUUGUAGUUCUUUCUGUAACUCUGCACUGUUGAUAAUCUUAAUCCUCCUUCAGUAUUUUAGUGGCCUUGAACAACUGGUUUAGCUACAACGUCAAACCCUAAGUGUUUAAUUAUGUGCAAUGUUCAAUACCUCACGUAACACCUGUUCAACAGCAUAACGGUAUCAGUGGCAUUGAGAUGGAAUUUCUGUUCGACAUAUUUCUUCAAUAAUUUAUCCUUUCCAAUGUUGAAGAUUAUAUCAGACUUUAAUGUUUUUUUUUAGUUGUUUAAAUAAGUAAUAUUUUCAAAAUAAUAAAACGACCAAUGAUAUCUCUUGGAAUAUUCUGUAAAUUGUAGUGAUAAAGUUCUAUUUUCUACAUAGAGUUUUUAUGUUUUUUCUCUUCUUUGUCUGUUCUACAAAUCAUAUGUAUGCAUGAAAUAACAAAUUGUUGAAAGUGUCCAACAUCUUGGCUUAAAAUGUUUCUGUGCCAAACAAUAUACGUACAGUAGUAAAACUUGGUUUCCCUUAGAAAAGACUGAAUAUUUACCAUACUAAGUAUUAAAUAUUUCUAGGUAACCUGUAAAUAAAAAG